UUGAAAAUGGAAACUACUAUGAUCUCUUUCCUUUUUUUUAGUUCUCUUGGGGACUCCGAGAAUAUUUUUUUUUUUUCCUUCUUCUUUAAAUAUUCAUUAUGUCGUGGAUAUGAGUAAUGAUCCUAACUUUGUAUGUAUGAUUGGAUCUCAGUGACCAAAAGAAUUUAAGGCAAAAGGCGCACAACCACUUGACUCUUACGUGGUGGGUAAACUAACGGUUUCAACGAGUGAGUGAGUUACACUUGAUGUAAAGAGCGCGUAGCGUUAGAAAGACGGUCCAGACCAAUCAGGCAAAGACAAGGAGCACACUUGUCUUCUCUUCCUCGACGGUGAUUCGUUAGCCUCCGUGGCCACAAUCUCCUCCUCCUCCUUCUUUUUCGCUUUCUGAUUUCGGAUAAACUCUUGUCUCUUUCUUUGCUCCUCUUUUGAUUUGAAGAUAUGUUUUUUCUUUUCUGUAAUUUCGUGUGUUAUUUCCAGAGAAAGUUUCAAACUUUCCGCUUCUGAUGUCACAUUUGGUGAUUCUCAAGGGGGAUCAUUCCUCGAAAGUGUUGAGCUUUCUUAUGCAGGAGAGUUACAGAAAUUACAAGACUUUUAUCAUCCUGUCCCCUCAGGUCCGUUUCUGUUCCUCUAUCCUUGGAGACAAACCAUUGCCAAGGCUGUUCUGAAGCUCGUGAAUGCUGAGGGCUUUAGGAUCUUAUCAUGUAAAAAAUAAAUUACAGAACUAUAGACUAGCUGGUGAGAAGAAGAAUGUUAACUCAGUGGAAAAGAAACUGGCUUUGAGUAACAGUGAUGCUGAUGAGAAAAAAAGAAAGAAAGGGUGGAUGCAUUGUGUUUCUUGCUUGGUUUCUGGUUUACAUAUUGGAUCUCCCCAGUAAUGUCUUAACAUUAUCCUUAAAGUGUGACUCUCUUCUUCCAUGGACAGGGGCAAUACAAUUAACUAUGCAGAUGGAAGUUCAAAAUCAAUUGCAUGAACAACUCCUGGAGCUAGGAAUAGAAGAGCAUCCUAAACACUUGGAAAAUAUGUUGGAAGAACCGAAGAAUCUCUGCCUCAGCCUUCAUCAUCUGCAAAGAGCCUAGCUUCUAAAUCCGAACACGAUAAAUGUGAAUCCUCUCAGAAACGUCGCAGGCUUUAGAACAACGCUGAGUCUGAAGAUCCUGAGAGAGGUAGCAGGUUUCUUCAAAUGUGGUUUGCUGUCUCUCUUGUUAUCCGAGAGACUCGGCGCUUAGACUCAGGUGACUCUUUGAAUCAUGGACAUUCAUGAUCACGGAGUUUGGGUGAACGAGAACGAAAGGCGUGUUAGAUGCAAACACUGCGGUAAAGAAAUGACCGGCUUGAACCGUCUCAAACGUCACUUGAGUGGUACGAGUAGCCGUAUGACUCCCUGUACUCAAGUUACACUGACCAUUAGAGAGGCGUUUCGUGAUGAGGUUACUAAGGAAGAGUCUGAUCUCACCGCUGCUAAGAGUAAAAGAGUUGGGGAAGUCCAAAUGGGUAAUGAUCAUAAGCGUGGAAGAGAAGAAGAAGAAGAAGAAGAGGAUUCAUCCAGAAAAAAUGAAUCUGCUGAGAACGAGUUCUUGUUGUCAAACAAAGCCCAAAAGUGCAUUGGUCGGUUCUUUUAUGAACACUGUUUCGAUUUUUCAUCUGUGGAUUCCCUAAGCUUCAGAGAAAUGAUUGCUGCAACGUCUCUUGUAGGUGAGAUGAAGCUUAAGAUCCCUGAUUCUGAAGAAUUAAACGGAUGUAUGCUUCAAGAAGCGGUGGAGGAAGUGCAAGAUCAUGUGAACAAGAUUAAAGACUCAUGGGCCAUCACAGGCUGCAGCAUCUUGCUGGAUGCUUGGGUUGACCAGAAAGGCCAUGAUCUGGUUACUUUCGUCGCAGACUCUCCAGCGGGUCCAGUGUAUCUGAACUCCUUCUAUGUUUCUGAUAUCAAGAAAGACGUCAACGCCUUAACGUCGCUAGUGUAUGGGGUUGUUGAGGAUGUUGGAGUGCAUAACGUUGUUCAGAUCAUUGCUUGUUCAACCUCUGGCUGGGUUGGUGAGCUAGGCCGGUCUUUCAAGAGCAACAACCUAAACGUCUUCUGGUCCGUGAGUGUGUCCCACUGCUUCGAGCUUAUGCUGGUGGAAAUUGUGAAAAUGGAGUCGUUUAAAGACAUACUUGAAAAGGUCAGUAACAUCACAGAGUUCAUCAACAACAAUAGAGAAGAUUCUCAAGGCAUGACAGUCUCCUCCUCUGAGUUUGAGUUUGUUAAGCCGUAUCUCGCUGCAGGGACCAUUCUCAAAGCCAAGAACAACUUGGAAGCCAUGGUUGCUUCUCCAGAUUGGAACAAAGAAGAGGGGACAACAGUGUCCACACUGGUGAAGGAUUCUUCCUUUUGGGAAUGUGUUGAGAGGCUUGUGAAGUCCACAUCUCCUCUGAUUCGAAGCCUACACUUGUUCUCUACUGUCUACAACAGUCAGCAUGCUGGAUAUGUCUAUGACACUAUGGAUGGGAUCAAGGAGAGUAUAGCCAAGGAACUCAACAACGAGGAACUGUGUUACAAGCCGUUAUGGCGUGUGAUUGAUGAUGUCUGGAACAACCACCUCCACAGUCCUCUUCAUGUUGCCGGUUACUUUCUGAACCCGGCGGCUUUCUACUCGACUGACUUUCAGAAUGACACAGAAGUUACAACUGAUUUUAUCUCAGCAUUGGGCUAUUUAGUACAAGAAUGUCAAGUUAUAGCUAAAAUUGGCAGACAGCUUAAGAUGUAUAGGCUCGGUAAAGGUUGCUUUAAUGAGGCCAGUCAAGCUGAUAAGAUCACUGGAGUCAUUCCAGGUGAGUGGUGGGCUCAGAAGGCGAGCGAGCACCCAGAACUGCAGAGUUUCGCAGUUAAGGUUCUGAGCCAGACAUGUGAAGGUGCUUCGAGGUACAAGCUGAAGAGAAACGUAGCAGAGAAGCUGCUGCUCAGCAAAGGAGUGAGCCCUUGUGAGAAACAGCACUUGGAAGAAUUGGCAUUUGUUCAUUACAAUCUUCAUCUGCAAAGCUCAAAGCUGCAAAGCCAAACUAAGUGAAGGAGAUUGUGCUGCAAGACUUUUGUAUGGACUCUUUUUUUUUUUUUUUGUGGAUGUGCAUAUUUUAGUUUUUUAGUUUGUGUAUUCAUCAAAGCUCAUCUUUUGAUACAAUGCUAAUGUAAACUCAUAUUUUGAAUCAAUGCUGAUGAAUUGAUCAUAUGUGCUUUCUAAAGUGUGAUGAUUUAGGAAAAUAUACACAUGAAUCUAACAGGUAUAAGACAAAAACAAAAUAGUAUACAAAGAAUUUUUUUCAACACCAUGAUAUAUUCUGAGAAAGUUGUGUUGGUUACUCGUUGUCUUUUCAAAUUUCAAAUAGGGAAUAUAAAAAUCUGUGAAUAAUACUACACAUUGUCAACAUGAAAAACAAAACAAGCCAAGAAAAGGGAAUCAGGCUCCAGUCCACUAAGUUCUAACCACAAAGCGACAAAAAAAAUCUUAGUUGUUUUUUUGCAUGUGAGAAUGCUUUAAUAUUUUUUGGUUUUCUCAAAGAUUGUUUUAUUCUUCUCUUCUUUUUUCAGUUUAAUUUACUUUUGAGAUUUUGAACAAAAAAAAAAUUUACUUUUGAAAUUACUAAGAAAAAGACAUCAAAUUCCCAAGUGCCCGUGUAGAUUGAAAGCAGUAUGUUACAGAUUCUCUUCUGUUCUGUUCAACUGUAUCUUUGUCUUCUACUUUAAGUCAUUUACUUUGAUUCAUUAUUGGAUAAUAAUAAGAAAAACUAGUCAUUUUCUUAGUUAGCAUUAACUGUUGAGUCGGAAAUCAGAAUAGAGAUUUUAUUUUUGAAUUUCAAAUUGAGAAACUUUUUAAGAUUGCGAAAUAAAUAAGACGGCCUAUGCUCUUUAUUUGACACCUAAGAGAUAGAGAUUAGUGUGGGAGAAUCUAGCAGAAACUUUCAGAAGAAGCUAAGGGUUUUGGUUCUCGAAUCACAUAGCUCUUCUUCUCUAUUCUUCUCGGAUUCUUGAAAGAGUUGAAGAAAAACAAAAGGGAUUAUGUCAUUUUGUACUUGAAAGAAGAAUCUGAAGCACAGUUGUUGAAGAAGUUCCAUAAUUUUGUUUUUAUGGUAAUAACUACCAAACUCCAGAUCCUUAGGAUGUUUGACUCUCAAGUUUUGAAAUCUAAUUCAGGGGGCAUAGAGAGAUGCCAAGAGUCUACAAGUGGGGAAUCGUUUCUGUAUAGAUACCAACUUGAAGAGGAUGU